AUGUCGUUGUCGACUCUUAACGCCAUACUCAUCCUUCUGACGUUGCGUGGGACUUCUGGAGAAUGUGUCGACUCUCUGCCUUCGUGCAGCGCUCUGCAGCCGAUAUGCAUGGGUAGCGUCAUCAUCUACCAGCUCAAGGCACUUGCCAGCCUCGCUGAUCAGGUCGCCAACAGGUCAGUCCUCAAUUUUUCAGUUUUCUUAGUAGUGUAAGAUCAUUUAAAAAAACAAUCCAUUUUUGCGAGAAUCAAAAAUUUCCGUCAACUUCUGCGCCGGAUAUGCAAUCAGCGCUUUUUUUGAGAGCGACAGUUAAAAUAUAGAAGUUUCGAAAUUUUAAAAAAAUUUUUUUACAAAAUCUUUCAAUUUUUUUUCUUUUUUUAUAUCGAAGGUUUUUAAUGUCAACAUUGCAACAUCAGACUGCAAAAAAACUUUCUUCAUUGCAGUUAUGGAAAGUUUUUCUUCAAAGAAAGAAAAUUAUAUGUAUGAUCUUCUCUUGUUUCAGCCUCGCACAUUUAUCUAUGAUAGAAAUUUUUUUUCCCACACAUUUGAUCCUAUUCAAUCCAUUGAAAAAAGAAAUGUAAUUUGAUUUCAGUUUUACGAUUUUCGAAAUUUCCUUCAUUUUUAUUUGGAAAUUCAAGGCGAUCUUGACUAGAAAAACUUUUCAGCACUGCUCUACCGGCUCUGGAGAACAAACUUCCUUUGUUGAACAACGACGUGCCCCUCGUUUCUUCUUCAAAUGGAGGCGCAACAACACAAAAAACUGACUCGAUUGAGCAAAAACUGAUUGUAAGCUCCUUUUUCUUUCUGAAACUGGGCAUUUUAAUCUGACUCACUUAUCCAAAUUACUAUUGGAACUGUCGUGCUGGGGAAACCUCUUUUUCUCUAUCUGUAAAUUCUGGUAAAACCUGCUAAUCUACUCCGCUAUAAUUUUUUUGUCUUCUAAAAAAAUUUCAAGAGCUGUUUUAUUUUAUUUUUUUCUAGAAGACUUUGCAGGCUGAAAAACUUUCAUCCAGUACAUCGAAAGACUCUCAAGUAAAUUUUAAAAAAUGCUAGCCGCCAAGAAGACUUCCCUCCUUUCACAUUAUCAUAUUUUCAAGGACUCUCUGCCUCUUCUGCAAGAAUCGCUUCCUCUGAUCCGCGAGUCACUACCUUUGAUUAGAGAAUCUUUGCCGUUGAUUCGCCAGUACCUCGAUCCUCUAUUCGAGAGUGACAAGUCCACAUGCCAGCAGAAAGCGACUUGCAAAAGUUAUAAAAGUUUCUUACACACGGUACAGAAGAUUUUCAGGCUGCCGUGACUGUCCUCAGCUGAGGCAACAACUCGUAUCUUUUGUCGAAGCUUUGUGUCCGGCAACAUGCAAAGUUUGCGACAACACGGGUAAAUCUCUUUUCUUUUCUCUACAUUCGAAAAAUGACAUUAUUUGUGUUCACUGCUUCAGACUCACUGAAAAGGUCAUGCUGCUCUGAUAUUGAGAAGUUUCAAGGUAUUAGGCACAAAAACUUUUUUUUUCCUGUAACACUUUGAAAUUUUCAAAAUUUUAAAAUCCCUCGAAAAAAUUAUCUAAAACAAUCUAUCCACCCGUUGCAUGACAAGUUUUCGAGCUGCAAAAUCUUGAAACUUUUGAGUUUUUGCAAACGACAUCAAUGCUAAAACCAAUCGAUUAUAAUGAAAUAAAGAGUAUCUAUUGUCUUCAAGUUUCACCCACAGCAUCUUUCAGAAACCAUCGUCAUGGCUGCUUCCGACCUCGCUAGCGCGUACGUUUAA